CACACACACACACACACACACACAGACACACACCGCGCACACCGCGAAAGGUGGCAGUCCUGCUUCAGCCUGGACACACACUCUCUCUCACACACACCGCGGUUCAGACCCCCCAUCAGGUGGAUACUACAAAUAAAUCUGCUGCGGAAACUCUUAUUUUCUCUGUAAUUUGAUUCGGAGCUGCUCUGUGGAAAGUUCGGUUCCGGUGGCGGUGCAGUCGUAGAGGGGGAGGGAGGAGGCCUCACUCAUGUCAGCCGAGGCUCAGUAAAGACCACUUUGAGGAGGACAGCGUCACGUUCAGCUGCUGGGACGAGAGCCAGAAACUCAGGGAUAUGUCCAGUAACUCUGGAAGAGGUCAUGGGGGUCUUAACCAACUAGGUGGAAUGUUUGUUAAUGGCCGUCCGCUUCCGGAGGUGAUCCGGCAACGCAUCGUGGACAUGGCCCACCAGGGCGUCCGGCCCUGCGACAUCUCCCGGCAGCUCCGGGUCAGCCACGGCUGCGUCAGCAAGAUCCUGGGGCGCUACUACGAGACAGGCAGCAUCAAGCCUGGCGUCAUUGGUGGCUCCAAGCCCAAAGUGGCUACCCCGAAGGUCGUGGAGAAAAUCGCAGAGUACAAGAGGCAGAAUCCCACUAUGUUCGCGUGGGAAAUCAGAGACCGGCUGCUGGCAGAGGGCGUGUGUGAUGGAGACACAGUGCCCAGUGUGAGCUCUAUUAACAGAAUAAUUCGAACAAAAGUCCAACAGCCCUUUAAUCUCCCCUUGGAUGGAAAAGGUCUGAGUCCGGGACAAACACUAAUCCCCAGCUCAGCUGUCACCCCUCCAGAGUCUCCGCAGUCCGACUCUUUGGGCUCCACCUACUCCAUCAAUGGCUUGUUAGGCAUCCCCCAACCCACCACGGAUGGCAAGAGGAGCCACGAUGACAGUGACCAGGAGAGUUGUCGGCACAGCGUGGACUCUCAAGGCAGUGGGGGGGUCCCCAGGAAACAGAUGAGAGUGGAUCAUUUCUCUGUGGCCACACAACAUCUGGACUGUGGUUUUGAUCGACACCUCUACCCGCCAGAGUCCUUCAGCUCCGCCUCAAGCAGUAAAUCAGAACAGACUUUGUACCCACUGUCCCUCAUCAACGGGAGCCUAGAUGAGGCCAAAAGCAGCCUCUCAACAUCCAGCUCCGUCAUUGGACGAAAUCUGUCGGCGCACCAGAGCUUCUCCGUGGUCACUGAGCUCCCGCUCUGCCUGAAACAGGAAAUGUCCCCAGAGGUGAUCAGCACCAGCCCCUCGCCCAACAUGGCGGCCUCCAACCUGGCCGUCGUGGAGCUGCAGAAACCCCUUUCUGUCAGCAGCGGCGGCUGCAACGGCAGCGCCACCAGCCAUCAUUUCCCCAACACCUUCAACUCAUUCUCCCAUCAUGCACCAGUGUACGGCCAGUUCAGCAGUCAGUCUCUCAUCUCAGGGCGUGACAUGGUGAGCUCCACCCUGCCAGGGUACCCACCCCACAUCCCCUCCCCGGCCCAGACGGGAUACUCCUCCUCUGCCAUCACAGGCAUGGUCGCAGCAGGCGCAGACUACUCGGGUCAGUCUUACAGCCAUUCGCCCUACACCUCCUACAGCGAAGCCUGGAGGUUCACCAACCCCAGCAUAUUAGGUUCACCGUACUACUACAGCUCAGCCUCCCGCUCUGGACCCCCCUCUGCAGCCGCCUACGACCACCUCUAGCUCCAGCUGGGGGGGGCCGACCCUGCAGAGGACUUCCACACAUGACUGCAAAACUCUACAUCAGCAUGACGGUCCGAACUACAUGUGAACUUCAGGCUGAAGACCCAGCUGCACAUUCAGUUGUUUUUUUUAUACCAAACCCCUCAUAUCAUUAUUUAUUCACUGACGCUGUUGUUUACACACUCAGCCUCACAUAAGUUUCUCUUUAAAGCUCUUUUGGCCAAAUACUUUUUUCUGUUUUAUUGUGUUUUUUUUUUUAAACAUCUGGAACUCCACUUGGGGAAAUGCAACUUCUUUACACUGAAGUGUGCCGGCUUUCGUUUACAUUUUUCAAUUCUCCUGUCGAGUGCUGAUUGGCUUGCAAGUGAAGUGAAGUGUGCUGAUGUACAGUGUUUGACUGUAAAUGAAGAUUACCUGCAAAAUGCCAACACGCCGAACACAUUGCAGCCCUGAAAGACAAACACGUCACAUGUCCAUUUAUCUGUCUGUAUAAAGUGUAAAGGA